UUAACAAUGACAUUUACUGUCAUCAAAUGUGACAUUUGGAGAGCAUAUUUAAUUUAGAAUUUGCAAUUAUUGAGUUGCAUUAACACCCUAAUAUUAUGUCAAAAACGGCAUAUAAACAGGAUAUGCCCCCUCCGGGGGGUUACCAAUCAAUCAAUUACAAGAGGGUACCAGCCCGAACGUUUUUUGGAGGUUGGGCUAUAAUCGGAGGCUACAUAGGCAUGACCGCAGGAGCGUUCUAUCUUUACUCCCUAAAUUACAAAGCAGUGAAAAAUAGGGAACUCGAAGUGCAUUCAGCCAACUUAGCCUUAUACCCAAUGUUGUUAGCGGAACGAGACAGAGCUUACUUGAAACAAAUACGGAAGAAUCGAGAUGAGGAAAAUAAAUUAAUGGCCAAUGUAGAAGGUUGGGAAACGGGUACUUGGAUGGGAGAACCAAUUUACAAAACUCAACCCAAAGAUUGUUUCAUCGAACCUAAUUUUUACGAUUAUUACGUACACAGUUCAUAUAAGGAUUUAAAGAAGAGAAUGAUAACCUUAAAUUAUUAAAUAUGUUUAAUAGUAAUUCAAUAAAUUUAUGUAGCAAAAUGUGUAUUGAAUAAGCUAGAACUGUAAUAUACCAUACACAUUUAAAGGGCUUG